AUGCUGGGCUCCCAAGAAGUCUGCGGCACCAGCGGACACGACUUCAGCUUCACAGAAGAUGGCUGUCACGCCGAGUACUGUCUCAUCUCCGAGAAAGCGGUCGUUGAACAGCCAAAGAAACUGUCAUUCGCGCAAGCAGCGUCAGCAACCACUCCAUUCACAACUGCAGCAAUCGCGUUGAGACGCGCGGGAGUGAAGGCAGGAGAGACUGUUCUGGUGCUAGGGGCGACGGGGCAGGUUGACUCGGCUGUUGCGCAUCUAGCCAACUUGUGGGGAUGCAGAGUCCACGGUGUUGCGAGAGGGAAUGCUGCCGGGAUAGACCCAGCUGGGGAUCCAACGUUGAGCAAGGCCAAGGCGUUGACUAAUGGUGAAGGUCCCGAUGUAGCUGUUGAUGCGGUCGGAGAUGCCGAACUCGCACAGGCCGCGAUCGAGGUGCUCGGUUUCCGUGGGCGGUACUCGUUCAUUUCGGCAUCCAGGGGCGGGAACUCGAAGGUGCUUGUGGACUUCCUAAGUGUCGAUCGGAAAGAAGAGACUCUUAUCGGAAAGAAUUCAGUGGAGCAUUCACAAGAAGAAUUGGCGCAGGAGCUGAAGAGUAUGUGUGAGGGUUUUGGGUUUGGAGCAUUGGUGUCGAUGAAGGAAAGUGCGAUGAUUUUUAUCAGCUUGCAGGAGGCCAUUGAAGGCUAUGCGGAUAGUAAGAAGAGAUAUGUUAUCAGGUUGGACUGA